AGGAUCUUGCUCGUCUGCAUCAAAUCCCUUGGUACCUGUCUUUGUCCUCGCUGCCUCGUCGAGAAAAGCCAGGUCCACAAGCUCGGUACAGUACACGACAUGACAAAACGUGAGCGGACUUGUCGGAAGGAUUCAAUACACCGGCAAGCACAAGUCGAAAUAGCGCGCAAGGCCAUCUUUUCUGGAGGCUAC